AUUCUACCUUCUAUGACUGCAUGAAUGACAAAACUUCUUGACUUCUACUACCUCCAAUUCCUUGUACUAGUCUUCAUCCAUAAUUCCAUUUAGAAACGUAUCAUAUCGUUGUUCUCCCCUCAUUCAUUCUUUCUCACUCUCUCUCUCUCCCUCUCUUUCUCUUUCAUAGAAGCUAAAAACAUUAUUACUAUGACUACUACUCCAUUUUCAUCAAUACCCUUAGAAAAUUUUCCUUUCUCAAUGACAAACAUUAUUCCAAUCUCUCAUCAUACACCCAUCUCUUCUUCUUCUUCGUUGUCUUUGAUUGAUGUUUACAAGAAUGGACUUAUUGGGAUAAAUACGACGAAUACAAAGACUGAGCUAGGGAUGGAGAUGGAUAUGGAUUUUCAACAUGAUAAUGGAAAAAGAUUAGCUCCUAAUGAAUAUGUUGGAUCGUCGAGUGGCGGAAUUAAAGAGAACAAGAAGGAUAACAAGGAGAAAAUGAAAUUGAGAAGGCAUAGGUAUGCUUUUCAUACAAGGAGCCAGGUUGAUAUACUUGAUGAUGGUUAUCGUUGGAGAAAAUAUGGGCAAAAGGCUGUCAAGAACAACAAAUUUCCUAGAAGCUAUUAUCGAUGUACUCAUGGAGGGUGUAACGUAAAGAAGCAAGUGCAG